GUUACCCUCUUUUGGCUCUUUCCUCACUUUCUCUCUCUCUCUCUCUCUCUCUCUUCUCAUCAAGAUAUCUUCCAAUGGCGACCAACGAUGCCAAGUUCCAGCAAAACCCACCUCAGACAACCAAAAACCUCUUCCUUGGAGCCCAAAUUUGCCUGAGAAUUCUAGCUUUCGCCACCACAUUGGCCGCCACAUGGACCAUCCUCACCAGCAAACAGAACAUUCUCAUCAUUGGCAUGACCUUUAAAGCUCGUUAUAGCUACUCUCCUGCUCUCAAGUUUCUGGCCAUGGCUAAUGGGAUUGCCUGUGCAUUCUCCGCCAUAUCUUUCUUCCUAGUCAUCUUCCUCCGCCGCUUCUUCUUCAACCCAGCCAAUUACUUCUUCUUGUUCCUCCAUGAUUUGAUGAUGCUUUUGUUGGUCCUGGCCGGAUGUGCGGCGGCGACGGCGAUCGGGUACGUCGGGCAGUACGGGAACAGCCACUCAGGGUGGUCGCCGAUUUGUGACCAUUUUCAGAAGUACUGCAAAAGAGUGACGGCUUCCCUCGCUGUCUCUUACUUCUCCGUACUCUUCUUCCUCAUGCUCACCAUUAUUUCAGCUUCUAAGUCUAGACAAAUCCAAGUCUAAUCCAAAAAUGUAACUCUCUCUUUAUUUAAUUAUAAUUAUAAAUAUUAGUUUUUUUUCUUUUUUAAGAAAAAAAAAUCUUGUGUAGUUGAAGAAAAAGAUGGGUGUUUUAUUAUAUAAAUAGAGUGUUAAUUAUACCAAUAAAAAAUAUUUGUGUUUCUCUUAAA